GUUUCAAAUGUAAACAAAAACACGUGCGUUUAUUUUCUGUUUUUGCAAAAAUUCUUUCAAUUUAAAUUGAUAAAUUUGAUUAAGAUAGUGCAAGAAAAAUGGUGAAAGUAAGGAAACAAAGGAGGAAGAAGACGUAUAAUUAUUCUGCCAACCGGAAGCGUAUGAAUAAGAAGCAGAAAAAGGAUGGAACGAUAAGAUGUCCGGAAGUGGAAGAUGCAUGGCAAAAGAACCAACCAGUGAGCAAGAAUUUCCGCAAUAUGGGACUAUCGAGUGAUCCAAAUGCUGCAAUACCCUUCCGGAAGACGCAGAGGGAACGUGUCCGGAUAAUCCAGGAGAAUCUGAGUCAGGGAAUAAUUCCGCAUGAAAUAAAUUCCAAUGCCCUCGCCCCGGAGGAGGGGAAGAAGAAGAAGACAAAGAAACGUCCUCCGAAGGGAUUUGUGGCGAAGAAAUUGGAGGAGAAUGCCAAUGCGCCGCGUGAGAGUGGAUUCCGCUUCUCUAAAGGUCAGGAAAGUCUCAUUUCUUACUACCUCGAUAAGUAUCAGUUGAACUACCGCGCCAUGGUGAAUGAUCGCAAGAACAUUGAGCAGGAGACGUGGAAGCAAUUGCGGAGGAAAAUACGGAAAUUUCUCACGAUUCAGGAGCACGUUGAUAAGUACCUCAAAGCCAGGAACCUCGAAAGGUUGAGCCUUGAAGAGGAGACAGAUGAUUCAGAUUGACGAGAUACAUUUGUUCAAGCCUCUUUUUAAUUGUUUUUUUUAUCAUCAUUUUCUUUGUAAUUGAUUAUGUCACAUACAUACAUUUAAAUUGGA